CACCACAACUUCUACCAUCUUUUCUUGCAUUACCAGACCACACCCUAUAGACUGCAGCGCCGGCGCUGACAUCCAUCCCAUAUCCACCUACAACUCCAACCUCCUCCCUCCAACUCCAUCGAUAGAAACCCACCUCAGAAUGCUCAUAAUCGGGCUCACCGGCUCCAUCGCGACCGGCAAAUCGACCGUCUCAUCCUUCCUCUCCUCGCCACCGUACUCGAUCCCCAUCAUCGACACCGACCUCCUCGCCCGCCAAGUCGUCGAACCCGGCACGCCCGGCUACAAAGCCAUCGUCGAAUACUUCGGCCCUUCCACACCGGAUCUCCUCCUCCCUUCGAAACCAGAUAACCCGACACCGAACCCCCAUGGCCAACCGCUCAACCGACCAGCCCUAGGCCGCCGCGUCUUCGGAACGACCGACGAGCGCAAACGCGACCGACUCGUACUCAACAAGAUCGUACACCCCGCUGUCCGAUGGGAAGUCUACAAGGCGCUGGUCUACUAUUUCGUGCGCGGACACUGGGCCGUGGUUCUCGACGUGCCGCUGCUUUUCGAGAGCGGGAUGGAUCUGCUCUGCGGGACGGUGGUAGUGGUGGGUGUGCGCGACGCAGAGGUGCAGAUGGCAAGGCUGCGGGCUCGCGAUCCGCAUUUGAGUGCUGAGGAGGCGCAGGGGCGCGUGAGCAGCCAGGGCGAUGUGCGGGGGAAGGUCGAGAAGGCGGAGUUCCGCGGGACAGAGAACGCGCGGGGCGUGAUCGUGUGGAAUGAUGGCGACAAGGAGGAUCUGGGGAAGGAGGUAAAGAAGGCGAUGGGUGAGAUUCAGGCGACGAGUCCGAAGUGGUGGGCGUGGGUGUUGCUGCUGGCGCCGCCAGUGGGGGUGGGCGUUGCGGCGUGGAAUAUGGCGGUUAAUUUUAUGCAGCAGAAGAGUUGGGAGAAGAAGGCGAGGGAGGAGAAGGCGAAGUUGUAAUCUUUUCUUCCUCUUUGAAGGGGGUGUAUACCUAAGGGGGUGUCAUCAUAUCGUCUCUAUCUAAACUACAAAGAUAUUACUGCGCGAGGUAUGAGGCUAUACAUUAGUUUUUAACCCAGAUUUAACGAUAAGAAAUGCAACAGAUACAGAUGACAAAAAUCGAAAAAAGAAGAAACAAAUCAAGGAAACAAAUCAAGACAUAAAAG